ACGACGCGGCGGUCGCGGCGCGCUUGGCGGCCGGAGCGGAGGGAACCCCGCACAGGUAGCGGCGGCGGCGUCGCCAUGUCGCACGGCCACAGCCAUGGCGGGGGUGGCUGCCGCUGCGCCGCCGAACGGGAGGAGCCCCCGGAGCAGCGCGGCCUAGCCUACGGCUUGUACCUGCGCAUCGACCUGGAGCGGCUACAGUGUCUCAACGAGAGCCGCGAGGGCAGCGGCCGGGGCGUGUUCAAGCCGUGGGAAGAGCGGACCGACCGCUCCAAGUUUGUUGAAAGUGAUGCGGAUGAAGAGCUUCUAUUUAAUAUUCCAUUUACAGGCAAUGUCAAGCUCAAAGGCAUCAUUAUAAUGGGAGAGGAUGAUGACUCACACCCCUCUGAGAUGAGACUGUACAAGAACAUUCCACAGAUGUCCUUUGAUGAUACAGACAGGGAGCCAGAUCAGACCUUUAGUCUGAACCGGGACCUUACAGGAGAAUUAGAGUAUGCCACAAAGAUUUCUCGUUUUUCAAAUGUCUAUCAUCUCUCAAUUCAUAUUUCAAAAAACUUUGGAGCAGAUACCACAAAGGUGUUUUACAUUGGCCUGAGAGGAGAAUGGACUGAGCUUCGCCGGCAUGAGGUGACAAUCUGCAAUUAUGAAGCAUCAGCCAAUCCAGCAGACCACAAGGUCCAUCAGGUUACCCCGCAGACACACUUCAUUUCCUAAGUGCUGGCCCAGGCGCUUAGCGAGGGCCACAUCAGUGAAGAUGUAUAACAACCUGUUGAGGAGGACAAAGUUUGGCUCCAGAGAGAGAUGGCUGCCACGGCGUCUUCCAAGCUUCGUCUUUGGGGCCUUCUGCAGAAACCUGGCCUGUGGAGACAUCUGCACCUCCAGGGAGGGUUGUGUGGGGACUGAGGGGCAAUCACAGUUCUCUAGGUCACUGCAGAAAUGGGUCUUAGGAGCGCACCUGGCGCUCCUGGAUACUGCCUGUCUUUGCAGUCAGUGUGGCCAGGGGAUCUCAAGUGUUGCUUUACAGCAGGAUUUUAAUAAUGUGACUUGUUUUUUUAAAAUGUUAUCUCAGCCUGGCCUGCAGUAAGCUUUUCUGAAGACUCGGCAUUGUGUUUGUAUUAGCUGUCAGGAAGGUCUUCAAAUGAAAAUACUUGUCCCUGCUUGCUCCAUCUCUGUCAUCAUUCAGCGUUCUUGUCAAGUUGCCCAGUUUGGAGUUACCUGUCAGGCCCAAGUGUCCUAUGGUAAUAGCUAGAAGAGCAGGAAUCCCUGAUGACAUUUAAUAGCUUGGGGAGAAGGCCUUUUUCCUACCACCCACAUAAGCAGUCUGGGGACACCAUUUCUGUGUGUGUGUAGGUAUCCUCCUCACCAUCCAGUUGGGAUUCAGCAACCCCCUGGGACAUCUUUAAUGUUUAUUAGUUUCCAACUAGUGUUGUAAGCUCAAAGCCAGAAUUGGAGAUCUCAGCUCUUCUGUUGAUGGCUUUUUUUCACUGUGACUAAUAAGCUUCCAAAUAAAUCUUUGCCAA